CCGGGGCUGGAGGGGCUGCCCUAAAGACGGGCGAGCAGCAUGGAGGCCCACGGCGAAUCCCAGUCCGACGCGAGCUGUUCGUCGUUUUUCCGGGACGGCUCCGGGGUCUCAGUGUCCAGGGAACUGCUGACGGCGGGCAGCGGCGGCCGCGGAGGUAUAUGGGACAGGUUGCUUAUCAACUCCAAGCCUAAUUCCAGAAAGAAUUCCACUCUUCAAACAGUUCGGAUAGAGAGGAGUCCCCUAUUGGACCAAGUACAGAGCUUUCUCCCACAGAUGGCUCAGGCAAAUGAAAAGCUAAGGAAAGAAAUGGCAGCUGCACCACCUGGUCAUUUCAAUAUUGAAAAUAUUGACGAGACGCUCGAAAAAGUUAUACAGAUGGAUGUGGCCUUGUUUGAGAUGAAUCAGUCUGAUUCAAAAGAAGAGGACAGUUCAGAAGAGAAUUCACAAGACAAUUCAGAGGACAGUUCAGAAUCUGAGGAUGAAGAUGAUAGCACCUCUUCUGAAGGUGAAGUCACCAUCGAUACCAUUAAGCUUCCUCAUUCAGAAGAUGGAAAAGGCAAAAUAGAGGUUCUGGACCAUCCUGCCAGUGAAAAAAAAGAAACAGGGAAAUAAACAAUCUGAGAAACA